AUGCAAUCUGAAAUCAAGUCAGUUAUCCAAAUACUCAAAAACACAUCCCUGUCGGGACUCGUCUCGGACAUUCCACUGACUUCCAAUACUUGCCUGCAACAUGGUGCCACACAUAUUAUCUCCCUGAUCAAACAGAUGCAGCCAUUCACAUACCACCUGAUGACCACAAAUGAAGUGUCGUUGCUUUCAUUGCUUUUUGAGGUGGAGGCAGCAAAUGCCAUACUCAAGUUCUACGUGCUGGAACUUCAGGCAGCAAAUGUCCUCAAUGAGAUGUAUUGCAAUGUCCUGCGAGGUCAACUUGCAAAUCAGGAGGAGAAAAAGCAAAAAGGAAAAGAGAAGAGAAAGCUAGAGGGAGACAGCUUUCCAUGGUUACUUUCAGGUGACGAGUUUUAUGAGAGAGUGGUGGAGUUUGAGUGUGAGCAGAAGAAGGUUGCAGCUGAUAUGCAGACAAGGAAAGCAGAUCGAGAAAGGAGAGCAGAACAACUUGCCACAUGGAAACAGCUAGAGGACCAGUGGAAAAAUCAGAACAAAGAAUUGAAAGCUAUGGAAAAGGCCAACAGACGAAGGUUCAGUGAAAAGAAACCUGCCCUUGGUAAAUGGCAGGGUAUGAUUUUGAGGCCAAAGUUGAACAUAUGUGAAGACGAGGAUGGUCAGUCAGCCAGUGGGGAGGAGUUUUUGACCUUAAUGAUGUGUCGGAUGACAGCGGUGAAGAAUGAUAACAAAGUUUGA